AUGAAGGUGGUCGCCUCCCUGGCCGCCCUCCUGGGUCUGGUCAAGCUCGCAUCUUCUUCUCCUGCCCGCUACUUUCCGCGCGAUUCUGCCCCAUCAUCAGCUCCGUCUCGAGCAGGAGACUUCCACCAGCAAACUUCGGCCUACACUGCAGCAAGCGCUUUCCCUACCUCGCUCUUUGCUUCGUACUACAACGAUCCCGCAUCGAUGACUGCUGAGCCUCGUCCUGUGGUCGCUGACGUCGCACGUAACUCUGUCUUCUCCGAUCUCCUCGCCAACCCCACCAUCCUACCACUCGGACCUUCGCCUUCUGAGGCCGUAUACCCGCUUCCCACCGGUGCAGCUUCACCGGAUAUCGCAUCUCAAGUCCGCAAGGAGCUCAGCGACAUCUUUAGCUCGACCAACGCCAACUGCACAAAGUGCACCGAUGCUCUCAAGGUCGCACAGAAGCUCACCAAGCAGUCACCCAAGGAGGUCCCCGGUAUGCUUGUCGAGAUGUGCAAGAAGUACAGCUACAAGUCCAGCUCAGCUUGCGAGAAGACGUACGCUCCGCAAGUCCUCGGAUCUGUCUACGCUCAGGUGCUGAGCUAUGCCGACUUUUCCUCGUCGAACAGCACCGAUGCUCAGUACAUCUGUAACAUCGUUGUCGGCUCUUCCACUUCCAACUGCACUCUUCCCAAGCCUCGUCACCUUGACGAGAGCUUCCUUGACAACUGGUUUGGUAGUAAACGUACUCUACCUGCAUCGUACAACCGCAACGUAGGCGAGCCGACCGAGAAUGGGAAAGAUCUCCGUGUGCUGCAUAUGUCGGACAUCCACGUCGACCCACGCUUCUUCGUCGGCGGUGAAGCUUCAUGCACCAACGGACGAUGCUGUCGAGCUGAUGCAUACAACUCCACCCUCAGCAACGGCAACUUCACACAGGGAAUGCUGCCCAAGUCCAACAUCUCAGAACCUGCUACAUACUGGGGCAACUUCAAAUGUGAUGCACCCUGGAGUCUCGCCAUGUCCUCUCUUGAAGCUGUUACUCCCCUCAACGGCGGAGAAGAGGUCGACAUGACCAUUCACACCGGUGACAUGGUCGUGCAUGAUCUUGCGCAGUAUAUUUCGCAAGAUUUGGUCAAGUACACCCACCAAGCGCUGUACGACAGUAUCCGAGCAUUGCUGGGUAAAGGUCCAGUCUUUAAUGCUAUCGGUAACCACGAUUCGGCACCGUCCGAUCUCGCCUCACAAGAUGCACUACCGGAUGGAAGGUCCGAUCAACUUUCUUGGGACUGGGACAAUCUUGCUCGUCUCUGGGAAGCUGAGGGGUGGUUCAACCACAAGGAGGCUGAGCAAGUUCGUUCUCACUAUGCUGGAUACUCGGUUACUCCGCGAAAGGGGCUGAGGAUCAUUGCGAUUAACACUGACUUUUGGUACAAGAACAACGUGUUCAACAUGAUCCAUACUCAAAACCCUGACUAUUCGGGCAGUUUGCGGUUCCUGACGGACGAACUGUUCCGUGCGGAGAAGCACGGAGAACGGGUCUGGAUCGUAGGUCAUGUGCUCACAGGAUGGGAUGGAAGCAAUCCCUUGGACAACCCAACCAACCUGUUCUACCAGAUCGUAGACCGAUUCGCACCGCAUGUCAUCGCACAUAUCUUCUUCGGUCACACCCACGAAGAUCAAUUCAACAUCUUCUACACCAACAACGCUACAAGCAAAGCAGCUUCUGCUGCUAAAGCUGUCUCUUUCAUGGCUCCCUCUAUUACUCCGGGUAACAACGUCAAUCCAGCACUACGAAUCAUGCAUGUGAACGCGACAACCUACGAAGUUGUUGACUAUCAUCAGUUCUACACUGAAGUUCCCACUUUCCCUGGGUUGCUGGAGACAAGUCACGGACCAGUGUACGACUAUCUUUACUCGGCAAGGGAUGCGUAUGGUAACUUUACCGCUUCGAAUGGGAACUCAACGCAUCCUGUCCCGGGCGGUGUUUGGCCGAAAGAUGCUCCGUUGAACGCCACUUUCUGGGCAAAGCUGACAGAGGAGAUGGCGGUCAGGAAGGAGUUGGUGCAGCAGUUUACGGUGUAUCAGGGUAGGAAUAGUCCGAAGAGUCCAAAGUGUACGAGUGAUGAAUGUGUGAAGGCAAAAAUCUGUUAUAUGCAGUCAGGAUCGGGUCCGUUGGGGAAACAGUGUAUUCCUGGUUAUGCUUCUGUUCAGUCCGAAUAG